AGAUGGAUGACUAGAUGUUCCGUUUUUUAAAAAGUAUUCGUUAAAAAUAACAAAAAAACAACAACAUGGCGAGCACUGAAGAGUGGCACACGGAAUCGCUCCGUUGUAUGAUCACUGAACGGAUAAAUGAUGCAAAACAGAAUUCAUCAACUUCGAAUGAGCUGUCUUCAGAAGAACUAGAAAAAAAGUUGUUUGACCAAGCCAAGAGUAGGGAUGAGUAUUUAGUCCUUGUUUCCAAGUUGAUUAUACAGUUGAAAGGGGUCAAAGAUGAUAAGCCUCCUAGUCUUGCCACUGAAGCUGUUUUGGUGAAAAGUGAAUCUCUUCCAGAUGACACUCCAACAAUAAAAGGAUAUGAUUUCAAUGAGGGAGUUGACUAUCACAAACUUUUACAAUCAUAUGCACGGUCAGGGUUUCAAGCUCAAAACUUCGGCAAGGCAGUGGAGGAAAUCAACAAAAUGAUUGAUUGUAAACUGAAAUGUGUUGCAAAGGAAAACUUGAAGGAUUUAAACCUGCAUCCUACUGGUCGUUCACAGACUAACUGUACUAUAUUUCUUAGUUACACGUCCAAUCUCGUGUCAGCUGGUGUUAGAGAAGUCCUCAAAUAUCUAGUACAACAUAAUAUGGUGGACUGUAUCGUUACCACAGCUGGAGGUAUUGAGGAAGAUUUUAUAAAAUGUAUGGCCCCAACUUAUGUGGGCGAUUUUUCACUGAGAGGCAGAGAACUUAGGGAUAAAGGUAUAAAUAGGAUAGGCAAUCUGCUAGUUCCGAAUGACAAUUACUGCAAGUUUGAGGACUGGUUGAUGCCUAUACUGGACAAAAUGCUGGAAGAACAGAAGGAAAAGAAUGUCCUGUGGACUCCAUCCAGAAUGAUAGAUAGACUGGGCAAGGAGAUUAACAACCCAGAUUCUGUGUAUUAUUGGGCACAUAAAAACAACAUUCCAGUCUAUUGUCCAGCUAUCACAGAUGGUUCACUAGGAGAUAUGAUCUACUUUCAUUCCUAUAAAAACCCUGGACUGGUUCUAGAUCUUGUACAAGAUAUUCGAGGUGUAAACAGUAUAGCUGUACAGUCAGUGAACACCGGUAUGAUCAUUCUGGGAGGCGGAGUAAUAAAGCAUCAUACAUGCAAUGCUAAUCUUAUGAGGAAUGGUGCAGAUUUCGCUGUAUAUUUAAACACUGCAUCAGAGUUUGAUGGCAGUGACUCGGGCGCAAGCCCAGAUGAGGCAAUAUCCUGGGGUAAAAUAAAGAAGACUGCAAAUCCUGUAAAGAUCUGUGCCGAGGCAACUCUUGUGUUUCCUCUACUGGUGGCAGAGUCCUUCGCUCGCAGACAACAGGAAUUCCUCGAUUUUUCCUCGACAGAAAAGAAAGAUAAUAAUGUGGACAGCUUUGAAAUUAUCAAGUGACACUCAAAAUACGUUUUAUAUAUGUGCUUAGGCGAAACCAUAUCUGUGAUAUCAGUGAGACAGUGAUUCAAUCAUUAAUAAUAAGACCUUUUAAUCAAACAAUCUAUCAUUUUACCCCACUGAAUAAAGUUGUCGAGUCUGUGUUUUAAAAUAGGACGGAUCAUCAGGACAUCAAUAUUGGAUGUCAGAGUUUGAUUUACUUGAAAAAUAUAACUUGAACCUCUUAAUGAAACGCUCAAGUGCUUGAAAAUGCCUCUUAAUCUUUUCCUGUAGUUACAUAAGGUAGAAAUAGCUAAAUCUUUUGGUUUAAACAUAUUUAUUUAAGCUCGAUUACGAAACAAGUUCUUGCAACUUAUAUUAAUCACUUUGGAGUCUGCUUCCUAGAACCAACCAGUACUGGAGAACCAGUAUGAAGAAACAUGGUCGUGACCCGAGUAGGGCUCGAACCCAUGAUCUCUGGAUUGAGAGGCAGACACCUUAACCACCACUAAAUCUUUUAACUUGUAUCAAGUUUAAAAUAUGUAUUUUGGUUAGUGAUAACUUUCCAUCAUCACCAUGUCUUUUUAGCUCACCUGUCACAAAGUGACAGGGUGAGCUUUUGUGAUCGCUUUUCGUCCGGUGUCCGUCCG